AUGGGCGAUCAAGAAGGUCUAUGGCCUAGGUCAGUGACAUCCAUUGCACUUAGGAUGGGUGCUGGCUUAAGGUCUCCCCAAGUUGGGAGAGCCUACGUCAUAAUUUGUGGCAGAGGGGCUGCGCAAGUCGCGGCCCCUACUCAAUUCAACCGCGCGGUGUGCACAGAGCGAACUAUUCUUUCGCCUUUUACUAAAGAAUACCGUGUGCUCGCCGCAAAUAGCGGCAUACGCCUAUUUUUGGAGGGAUCUCUUUCUUUGGAGGAGACCCCACAACUCUAG